UUCCGGGGGUUCGCUACGGCACUUCCUUCUCUUUAGGACUGUCUUCUGUUGAAGCAGGCCGAACGUCACGAUGCCAGCACUCCGGCCCCUUACCAAGCCUGUGAUCGUCAAGAAAAGGACCAAGAAGUUCAUCAGACAUCAGUCAGAUCGUUAUGUCAAGGUCAAGAAAAACUGGAGGAAGCCCAGAGGUAUUGACAACAGAGUGCGCCGGCGCUUCAAGGGUCAGAUGUUGAUGCCUAACAUCGGUUAUGGAAGCAACAAGAAGACCAAACACAUGUUGCCCUCUGGGUUCAGGAAGUUCUUGGUCCACAAUAUCAAGGAACUUGAAGUCCUCAUGAUGAGCAACAAGAGCCAUUGCGCAGAAAUCGCCCACAACGUGUCCUCAAAGAACAGGAAGCUCAUUGUGGAGAGGGCUGCUCAGCUGGCUAUUAAGGUCACAAACCCCAAUGCCAGACUGCGCAGCGAGGAGAACGAAUAAUCUUGUCUUCAAUAAAAUGAAAAAUGUAAAACCA